CAUGUGACAUGUUUAACAUACCCUGGCACUAGCCACCCCUCAAACGACAAACCCCGGUGCACUGCAUCAUCUGUCCGGUUUCGAAAGAAGACGACAUCAUCGACGAUAUAAUAUCUUGACUCGUAAUUAGGCUCAGCAGGCGGGAGAAACCAACGAGUGCUCUGGACGGUUUCUAUCGAAAACGAUGAAUUCCAUCACCCAAACUGCCAAGGGAGCGCUCAUCGCAGGAGGCUCGUACUAUCUCAUUCACGCUCAUAUCGCCAACCGAACUCACCUAAUCUCAACAUCCUUAAAAGACUUGAGCUACCAAUUUCGUGCUCUGGACUCGGAAGACGGUUUCAAUCAAUUACUGCUACAACCCACGCCAUUUCAACCUAAACCUUUGGCUGAAAGGAUCAAACUGAAUUGGAAUCGGUCGAUUGUUUCUCUCAGUCAAAAAGCACACCAAUUCAACCUUUCUGAUUCUACCGACCGAUUGAUCGUUUUCUUGAAGUCAAAGUUUCAAGCUGACUCGAAUCAAACGUGAAAUACCGUAUUAGUCUUACAAUGAUCAAUUAAAUUUUAUAUAUAUUCAUUUUCGACAAUCACAUAAAGGUCCUCUCGCUUCAGUCGACACCAAUAAGGUGAAGGUGUGAUGGUCAUCUUACCUUGUAAUUUUGACCACUUUUAAGAAACUUAUAGGCAUGUCAUCUAGUGCAGAUAAAAGACAAGAUGUAGAUGUACAACCCCCUUGACCAAUAGAUUUCCGCUCCACGUGUUGAAUACCAGGAGUCAGCUUUCAGGCACAGAUCUUCCAAUCCAAUCAUCUUUAAUGGCUGCUCAUUCUUGCUUAUAAUCUGGACCAAAGAGGAAAAUGUCAAAGGUUGUUACUUUAGAAAAAACUG